AUGUCCGACAAAGUCGCCGUCAACAUAGCAACUUCCAAAGGAACUGGCAUCUUGCACAACCAAGCCAUCGUAGCUAAUGGCGUAGUGUACUGCUCCGGACAAGUCCCAGCUGAUCUCACCACUGGAGAAAUCAUCGCCGGCGGCAUUCAAGAACAUACCCACCAAUGUAUCCGCAACCUGAGCGCCGUUCUCGAAGAAGCGGGCUCGUGUCUCGAAAAGGCUGUUAAGGUCAAUGUCUUCAUCACGGAUAUGAAGAACUUCGCGGCUAUGAAUGAGGUGUACGUGCAGUACUGGGGGGCUGUGAAACCGGUUAGAACAUGUGUGUGCGUACGGGAUCUACCCAGGGGGGCUGAUGUAGAGAUUGAGUGCACGGCUUUGGCGGGGAAGGAAUCUAAGUUGUGA